CAGGCAGGGUCUGUGGACGAGAGAGACACACACAGAUACAGCCACACACAAAGGGUGUGACGUGGGAGAGAGAGAGAGACCAGCUCAGACACAAGGGCACCCACUGCAAACCUUGCUCUCUCCCCACCUUGAACCUUCUCGUCCCCCUGACGGCACAGAGACAACAUGGAUGAUAUCUACAAAGCAGCGGUUGAACAGCUCACCGACGAACAGAAGAAUGAGUUCCGUGCGGCCUUCGACAUCUUCGUGCAGGACGCGGCGGAUGGCUGCAUCAGUACCAAGGAGCUGGGGAAGGUGAUGCGGAUGGUGGGGCAGAACCCCACCCCUGAGGAACUGCAGGAAAUGAUUGAUGAGGUGGACGAGGAUGGGAGCGGGACAGUGGACUUUGACGAGUUCCUGGUGAUGAUGGUGAUGUGUACCAAGGACGAGAGCAAAGGGAAGUCAGAAGAGGAGCUGGCUGAACUCUUCCGCAUGUUCGACAAGAACACAGAUGGGUACAUCGACCUCGACGAGCUGAAGGGAAUGCUGGAGGCAACGGGGGAGGUGAUCACAGCCGACGACAUCGAGGAGCUAAUGAGGGACGGAGACAAGAACAACGAUGGCAAGAUCGACUACGAUGAGUUCCUCGAGUUCAUGAAGGGAGUGGAGUAGAGGAAGGAAGCCGAGCUGCCACCCCCACCCCUGGGUGAGAAAUCGGAAUAUCUUCAGAAUCCACUCUGUCGCUGCAUCCUCCCUCUGGAAUACCUCUUCCCAAUAAAACAAGCUGCUUAAGUGCUGA